AUGAUUGGCCACUCCUUCAUACAUGAAGGACCCUGCUUGUCUGGGCUCAGCCCCGCUGUUGUCCAUGUCCUGCUUGGUGGGAGCCCUGAAACGGCAACCGUUACACUGGAGGACUGCGCAGACCUGGACAUCAAAGAGAAAAUCGAGCUUCUUGAAGGGGACACUGCACUUUCUGAAGCUGAAAGAGCAAGGGUUCAGGAAUUGGCCUAUGCGUGGGACCUUCCUUGCUUGACGGAGAGCAAUAAAAAAUGGCUUUUUGAGAAGCUGUUGAUUCAUGCUGUAAUUGGACGUGUCACAAGGCAAAUUAAACAGCUGAGACGAGGGCUUAAAGAGACUCCAGUGUGGACAGUGCUUACCAAGCGACCUGAAACUGCAGCCUUGAUUUUUCCAAGUGAAAGAACAGGCGACAUUUGUCCUGAGAUAUUUCUUCAACGCAUCAGUUGGCCAAAGGAGGAGGAAGAUGAAGAUGAUGAUUGGUCUGCUGAAACCAAAAGCCGCAUUAAGGGGUAUCUUCAGGAGUUCAUUAAAAAUGGAACGGCAGUUGAAUUGAUGAAUUUAGCCAAAUUUUGGACUGGAUGGGAGAUUUUACCGAAGAGCCUGUCUGUGGAGAUCGUCAGAAGCAGCUAUCCCACAGCCUCCACCUGCUACGAGACCUUAAAAAUUCCAGGUCAUUACAGAGUCUACAGAUCUUUCAGAUGUGAUCUCCUUGCCUGUAUUCAGACUUGUCAUACAGGAUUUGGGCUCCUGUGAAUUCUUGGGUUUGUUUUAUGUUCAUAAAAAAAGGUUUUGUUAGACCAGGAAGUUUGUUGUGGCCUUGAAUGUCACGUGUUUUACUGUUUUUGUUAAAAAAAUAAAACAUUGAGAUUUUGCUCUCAAAUAAACCACUGAUGAAACUGAUCCCACUGGCCUCUUAACAGAUUUUUUUUCCUUUAUUGUGGAAAAAAAUGUUCACAAAACUUAACAGCUGCAAUGUAAACAUCAGAGCCAAAGGAGUCUGAUUCAGCUCUUGGGUCAACUGCACUUCUUAAAGCUGCCAUUUGUUCAUCUGUCAGUGGGCAGUUGAUGUUUGGUACAACGACGUCUGAAUGUUCCUGAUGAGGAAGUCCGCUCUCCUCCCACUCAAUAUGUGGAAUCUCCAUGCCCUGAGGUAUGCAAGCCACAGAAAUAAAUAAAUGGUAAAGAGCAAACAAACCAACAUCACAAAGUUAUCUAUAUAUUUGUAUAUACCUCCAUGUUCUCUGGUUCGGGAAUGGGAUGACGUGCACGACCCAGUACCCACAGCUGGUUAGGAGUAAUGUUACUCUCUGUUCUUAAAGGAUGAUUAUCCCAACCACUGCAGAAAGUGUCCAGGUCAUCCUGUAUACGUGGUAAAAAUACAUAGUGGCAGCAGAAG